AUGGAGCCUUCCAACCAGACCAAGGUCACCGAGUUCCUCCUCAUGGGUUUCCCAAAGCUGCAGCACUUCAACACGCCGCUCUUCUUUUUGCUCCUCAUCAUCUAUCUCUUCACCAUCAUUGGCAACUUGCUGGUUUUCAUUGUCAUCCACACAGACUCCCGGCUCCACACGCCCAUGUACUUUUUUGUCAGUGUCCUGGAGAUCUGGUACACAGCAGCCACCAUCCCCAAGAUGCUCUCCAACUUACUCAGCAACAGGAAGAGCAUCUCCUUCAUGGGGUGCCUCAUGCAAAUCUAUUUCUUCCACUCUCUGGGAGCCAGCGAGUGCUACCUGCUCACAGUGAUGGCGUAUGACAGGUACCUGGCCAUAUGCCACCCUUUGCGCUACCCAUCCAUCAUGACAAGCCACCUGUGCCUCAAACUAGCCGCCAGCUGUUGGAUCUGUGGCUUACUAGGCCCCAUGGCUGAAAUCAUCUUGGUCUCCAAGCUGCCUUUCUGCGGCCCCAAUAAAAUCGAGCACAUCUUCUGCGACUUCCCACCAAUAUUGAGCUUGGCCUGUAUUGACACCUCGGUCAACGUUCUCGUCGAUUUCAUCAUCAACGCUUGCAAAAUCCUGGCCACCUUCUUCCUGAUCUUAAUGUCUUACUUGCGUAUUAUCGGAGCCAUACUCCGGAUCCGUACUGCUGCCGGAAGGAAAAAAGCCUUCUCCACAUGCGCUGCGCACCUGACCGUGGUGUUGAUCUUCUACGGGAGCAUUUUGUUCAUGUAUGUCCGGCUGACAAAAAGUUAUUCCUUGGAUUACGACAGAGCGCUGGCCGUAGUCUACAGCGUUGUGACCCCUUUCCUUAAUCCAAUUAUCUAUAGCCUGCGAAACAAGGAAAUCAAAGCGGCCUUGAAGAGAAUGUUCCAGCGGCAGAUAUUGAAGGCUAGGGAAGCAGAAUAG